GAGGUGCUUGUCCAUUUAUAGACUUGCUCUUUGGGAUGCUGAAGGUGCUGAAAUAGCUGCGAGGACAAGGGACUUGGCUCAGUUUUAAAUAUCUGCCGAGCUGCCCGAAGACUCUGAGAUGACAAUAGGGGAAAUGGAGAAUGUGGAGGUCUUCACUGCUGAGGGCAAAGGCAGAGGUCUGAAGGCCACGAAGGAGUUCUGUGCUGCCGACAUCAUCUUCGCCGAGCGGGCUUAUUCCGCUGUGGUUUUUGACAGCCUGGUGAAUGUUGUGUGCCACACCUGCUUCAAGAGGCAGGAGAAGCUCCAUCGAUGUGGGCAGUGCAAGUUUGCCCACUACUGUGACCGCACCUGCCAGAAGGAUGCUUGGUUGAACCACAAGAACGAAUGUUCGGCCAUCAAGAGAUAUGGCAAGGUGCCCAAUGUGAACAUCAGGCUUGCGGCACGCAUCAUGUGGCGGGUGGAGAGAGAAGGUAGCGGGCUCACUGAGGGGUGCCUGGUCUCUGUGGACGACCUGCAGAACCACGUGGAGCACUUCGGGGAGGAGGAGCAGAAGGAGCUGCGGCUGGACGUGGACACGUUCCUGCAGUACUGGCCGCCGCAGAGCCAGCAGUUCAGCAUGCAGUACAUCUCCCAUAUCUUCGGCGUGAUUAAUUGCAAUGGUUUCACACUCAGUGACCAGCGAGGCCUGCAGGCUGUGGGCGUGGGCGUCUUCCCCAACCUGGCCCUGGUGAACCAUGACUGUUGGCCCAACUGCACUGUCAUAUUUAACAAUGGCAAUCAUGAGGCAGUGAAAUCCAUGUUUCAUACCCAGAUGAGAAUUGAGCUCCGAGCCCUGGGCAAAAUCUCAGAAGGAGAGGAGCUGACAGUGUCCUAUAUCGACUUCCUUAACAUCAGUGAAGAACGCAAGAAGCAGCUGAAGAGACAGUACUACUUUGACUGCACAUGUGAGCAUUGCCAGAAGGGGCUGAAGGACGACCUCUUCCUGGGGGUGAAAGACGACCCGAAGCCCUCUCAGGAGGUGGUGAAGGAGAUGAUACAAUUCUCCAAGGAUACACUGGAGAAAAUCGACAAGGCUCGCUCCGAGGGUUUGUACCAUGAGGUUGUGAAGUUAUGCCGGGAGUGCCUGCAGAAGCAGGAGCCAGUGUUUGCCGACACCAACAUCUACACGCUGCGGCUGCUGAGCAUUGUUUCCGAGGUCCUCUCCUACCUGCAGGCCUUUGAGGAGGCCUCACACUACGCCAGGAGGAUGGUGGAUGGCUACAUGAAGCUGUACCAUCCCAACAAUGCCCAGCUGGGCAUGGCCAUCAUGCGGGCAGGGCUGACCAACUGGCAUGCUGGCAACAUUGAGGUGGGGCAUGGCAUGAUCUGCAAAGCUUAUGCCAUCCUCCUGGUCACACAUGGACCCUCUCAUCCCAUCACCAAGGACUUAGAGGCCAUGCGGAUGCAGACGGAGAUGGAACUGCGCAUGUUCCGCCAGAACGAAUUCAUGUACCACAAGAUGCGCGAGGCCGCCCUGAACAACCAACCCAUGCAGGUCAUGGCCGAGCCCAGCAACGAGCCGGCGCCAGCUUUGUUCCACAAGAAGCAAUGAGGACCUGCGUGGUGGGGGAGGGGCGCCGUGGCUGGGGGACUGGGGAGACAUCCUGGAGGUGGUGGGUUUCUGGGGAGACCCUUGAUGAGGAAAUCAGGGUAAAGGGCAACUUUGUUGCCAUGGGAACGUACUGCUCUGUGAUCCCUGCUGUCAUUUUCUUUAACUUCAACUGAGUCCAAUUCAGUUUAACUCUAUCCCAGCCCAGCCCAGUCUAACUCAUCCUACAAAUGUUUAUUGGGUGCUAGACCUUAGGUAUAAAGAGGUCCCCAAGGUAACUGGGGAGAGGAAACAUAAACAAGGCACAGCGUGACAAUAAAUGCAGUGGUAAGCUC